AGAUCAGUCUCAGUACCAGCUUACAAGAAAGCCAGCAUGGGGCAAAUGCUAGGCAAGAGUCACAUAGACUCCAAGACCCUUCAAAGGGAACAACAAACUGCAGAACCUAUUUGUAGUCUCAUCCAGACGCAGACUGGAUCUGAUGUUGACCUGGACGUGUCCUCGAGGCGACAACAACAUCCACAACAACAGGCAACAAAUGCAUCAGUGUCAACUACAGUGCUGGGAGACGUGAACGUCGCCAUUGGCUCUGGAGGUGGAACCAUGUCUUCGGAAGCCACGGACUGGAAACUAGAAUCAACUCGGGAAGUAUUCGUGAAGACUGACAGUUUCAGAAUGGUUGGAGUCAAAGCUGAUUGAACAUGGACACGUGACUAUCACGGGCGCCUCAGGAGAAGGAGGAAAGACAAGCAUGGCUCUGAUGCUGGGUGCUAAGUACAAGAAGAAAGGCUUUCAAUUGGUAUUUGUUGACAAUAUUGACAAGUUUGAUCUUGCUGUCUGCGUCAAAGAUGGACAACCACUGUUCAUUGUUUUUGAUGAUUUGUUUGGAACCGGUUCUUCUACAGAGAUUUCAAACUUUAGAAAGGCUCUCACAUCCUUGACGAAUUCAUCAAACAC